AUGAGCGCGGACGCGGGGUACGGACGCGUGGGCGCGGUGCGAAGUGUGUGUAUCAGAAUGCUAAUCAGCCAGGCACUCUCAUGCACGUGUACACAUCAUUUGCCUUACCUUCACACGCAGGUCGCUUCCACGACGGAUGAUAUGCCCUCGAAGGUUCUGCCCUCUAUCAUCUCAUUCUUCCUGCAUCUCCUCUCUACUCUCCCAUUUCUCCUACUUUUCACCUACCCCUCUAUCUAUGCCUUCCAUGCAAGCACACCAGACGCCCAAAAGACCAAUGUGGUCUUUGUUAUUGACGAGGAAUCUCCAGUAGGCUCUCGAAUUGGCAGUCUGGCAGAGAAGCUUGUUCUCGAUAAUUUCUUACGCGGAGAGGUGAAUUUUGUUCCCUUGACAGAUCUACGAUUGGUGAACUUCAAUCGGACUAAUGGGUUAAUUACAGUGAGACAAAGAAUUGACAGAGAAGGUCUGUGUAAAGAAAUUGGAAUAUGUUGUCCAGGUCAGAGUAUAAUUCCCACCUCUUCUCACUCUACAUUCCACGAUCCGCUCUCCCCUGAUGUGCAGUACUCGGGCUGUGCCAUUAAGAUGUUAGUGAUGGACCAAAGACAGCGAAGCUCUAACACACCGCAAAUAAAUCAGGAACAUCCUCUGAUUCAAGUAAUUAUUUAUGUCAACGAUUUGAAUGACAAUCCUCCCUUCUGGUCUCCUGAUAAACUAGAGCUGGAAGUUCCAGAGCACACAAUGGUUGGUAGAAAGUUCCAGCUUCCCGAGGCUACUGAUCCAGAUCAUGGGCCUGAGCAUACGGUUCAGAAUUAUCGACUAAUUCCAAGUGAACCUCUUGACCAUGAUCCAAAUAUAAGGGGAAUAGCCAGCGAUGCAUUUGAAUUGACCAGUGAACUAAUUGAACGUUCUCCUGGAUCGCCAUAUAAAUUCUCUCUAGGACUGAAGGUGAAAGCUGACCUGGAUCGUGAAAAGCAAUCUGCUUAUUACUUCCUACUCAUAGCUACUGAUGGUGGCUCACCACAACUUACCGGAACUCUAAGUGUGAUUGUCCGAAUUACUGAUAUUAACGACCAGACACCGUACUUUCGACAAAAUAAUCCCUCAGUUGAAAUUUCGGAGAAUAUAUCGCCGGGAACGCAGAUAUUCACAGCUGUAGCCCUGGAUGACGACCCAUCCGAUGCAAACCGUCUGGAAUAUAAAAUUGGUUUAACUGCGUCCGCCGAGGUUCAACGACUUUUCGCCAUUGACAGUCGAACAGGUGCGGUGAGUGUUUCCGGAGAAGUAGACUAUGAAUCUGCACCUAUUCUACCCAGUAGAGAUGUAAAAGAUUCAAUGUAUAGCGGUAGCAACGAAUACGGGUACAUUAUUCCAAUUGAAGUUACAGACCAAGCUCAUAUUGCCGAAACAAAACUCCGAGUCCAUGUCCUAAAUGCAAACGACAAUCACCCAGUUAUUUCCAUUCAAUCACCUCUACAGAAUUCCGCUUCCAAAGGGGAAUUCUAUAUUCGCGAAGAUGCACCGGUUGGAACUUUAGUUGCUACUAUAACUAUCUCCGAUGCUGACGAGCGAAGUGGUGUUGAUCCCAGCUUUAGCAAUAGACAACCUGACUGUAAGGCAAAUAACAACGCCUAUUUUACUGUGGAGAAACUGCAUCCAACAAUGCGAAAUUUUUUCAAACUCGUUGCUUCUAAGCCCUUGGACCACGAAACUAAAAGCACCCAUGGAAUUACGAUCACCUGCUAUGACUCCGGACAGCCAGUUCUCGAUACCAAGAUGCACAUCACUGUGCGCUUGGAAGAUGUGAAUGAUUCGCCACCAGUCUUUGAAAAAUCUAUUUACUAUGCUCGCAUCAGUGAAGGUCUUCCUGUUCAUACUCCAAUUAUUAAAAUACAUGCCUCCGAUGCGGACACGGGGGAGAUGGGUGACGUGCGCUAUAGAUUCCUGGGGAAAGUUCAUCAAAUGGACUACGAUCCACUGGUUAUUCUAGACGAGAAGACUGGACAAAUAAGGAGUGGUAAAAUGUUUGAUCGAGAGGUGAUGAAAUCAUUUAACUUCACAGUCGAGGCCGUAGAUUGCGGAGGUGAAAAUAAGUCAUCAUGCGGAGGGCGGGUGAAUACUGCGACAGCUGAAGUUAUUGUCCAAAUUGAAGAUAUCAAUGACUGUGCCCCAGAAUUUGACCAACAGUCCUAUGAAUUCACCAUUCAGGAAUGCCAUAUUUCCAAAAUUUUGGUGAGUAGGCCAAUUUUGUUCCAUACGUUAUUAUUACUUUUACUCAUGUGCAAGUUGACAAGACCAUGCAAGUGA